AUUAUUCUGUACAUGUAACCGUACUCAUUGAUGUUGAUCACAUUUUACAGGGGCAAGCAAAGCAGACAUCACUUCCGAGAUCCUGCCAUUUUGCUGCUGAUGCUCAGAGCAAGCCGCGUCCAGACUAGCUGGUGCUGGCUGCAGCCAUUGUUUUGAAGUACAGCCGAUUUUUUUUUUUAACAAGACUAAAUCAGUUUUUAACAAUUGAAGACGUCAUCAAAGUAGAAUGUCAGAUUUCGACCACAACCCGUUCGCGGACCCUGAAUUCAAUAACCCUUUUCAGGAUCCGUCGGUGACCCAAGUCACACAGAAUGCUCCUCCGGGGUUGGAAGAGUACAACCCCUUCACAGAUGCCAAGCCGGUCCACCCUGGCCCAGCGCCUAAAGUACCGGCCCCCACCACCAACACACAACCAGCCAUCAUGAAGCCUACUGAAGAACCUCCUGCAUACUCGCAGUCACAGGAGCAGGCGUGGGCGGCUACAGAGCUGCUGAGGAGACAGGAAGAGCUAGAGAGGAAGGCCGCCGAGCUAGACCGCCGCGAGAGAGAGAUGCAGUCGCUCAGCACAUCAGGAGGUAGGAAAAACAACUGGCCUCCUCUUCCGGAGAAGUUCCCCGUGGGCCCAUGUUUCUACCACGACAUCACAGUGGACAUCCCUGUGGAGUUCCAGAAGACUGUGAAGAUCAUGUACUACAUCUGGAUGUUCCACACGGGGACGCUGUUCGCCAACAUGUUUGGCUGUCUGGCCUGGUUCUGUGUGGAUGCGACCAGGGGAGUGGACUUCGGUCUGGCCAUGCUCUGGUUCAUGAUCUUCACCCCCUGCUCCUUCGUCUGCUGGUACAGACCCCUCUAUGGAGCUUUCAGGAGUGACAGCUCGUUCCGUUUCUUUGUAUUCUUCUUCGUGUACAUCUGUCAGUUUGGCGUUCACGUGAUGCAGUCCGUCGGCAUCUCCGGCUGGGGCGCCAGCGGGUGGAUCUCCGCUCUGACUGGUCUGAAUAAGAGCAUCCCUGUUGGCAUCAUCAUGAUCCUCAUCGCUGCUCUUUUCACCGCCCUGGCUGCCAUGUCGCUCAUCAUGUUCAAAAAGGUCCAUGGCAUGUACCGCACCACAGGGGCCAGCUUUGAGAAGGCCCAGGCCGAGUUCGCCACGGGCGUCAUGGCCAACAAGACGGUCCAGACCGCCGCUGCUACCGCCGCCUCCAACGCCGCCAGCGGAGCCUUCAAGCAACAGAUCUGAUUGGCCCCUGGAGCUCGCCCUAUUUCUUCACUCUGUCUAAUCCAGCCCCCCCCCCAGCCAAGCUCAAGCUUCCCUGCCCUCCUAACCUAGCUCUAUUCGCAUGACUAGGAUGAGACCAUAGAGAGAGGUAGAGGGCUCGUCUCUGCAUCUGUGGCGUUGUAGUCGUCUGUGACAGCAUGGGGCAGUGCCAUUGAGGCUACAACCCAUUAAAAAAAAAUACCGACCCAGCUGACUACUUUUUGUUUUCUUUAACCCCCUUAUGUCGCUGUCCGCGCCCCCACGGAAAUGUAAUUAGCAUUAACAUAACAAGCGUAACAAAAGAAUCCCCGUAAAAAUGUGUCAGUUUAAGCCAGGGAGAUCGUGUAUUGGCUGCGUCUCAGUCCACCGCAUGCGCCCAUGCCACACUUCCGCAUCUGCGGUGAAAGGUGACGGAGCUAGAGCGGUGUUUGUCAGACCAAGAGACGUCCUGAAAAAUGGUUCACCUCACAAAAUCGUCCGUAGCGUCCGAAUGGUUUGGCCUAGAAAACUAUCUAUGGAAAGAUGGGACUCUCACGAACACAAUGUUUAUUUUUUUGCUCUACGACCCCCGUCACAACCAUCUUGGGACUCGUCUUGAGGUCGGUACAGCCGAUCUGCCAACUUCUGUCUGUAAUUUCCGAACAGUUUGGGCUACACAUUAAUACCCCUCUGUGGAAAAGCGGUACUCUCAUGAUCACGAACAUGUCGGUUGUUUUUCUCUAGGACGCCCACAGGCCUCACAAGACUCGUCUGAAGGCCCCGGUACAAGUUUAAAAUAUUUAUGGACGUAUAUAUGGAGACUGUUUAGUGCCAGAAAUAAGGGGUUAGAUGCAUGUAAUAAAAAAGAACAUAUUUCCUGAUCUUUCUAAUAUCUCUGAUAUAGGACAGACACAACAAACUUCUGUUAGAUUUUUUGGGUGGGACUGUUGUUCCAUGUAAUGAAUGAUAUUCAAUGCGUUUGUAUGGGCUAAGAGCACUAAGGCUCAAAACAUUUAAUAAAAAUUAUACUUCAAGGGGUCUUCACAUUUAAAAAUCAAAUAACAAAAUCAUCCUUGGUAUGACCUCUUAAAACAAUUCCAUAUAGCUUAGUAGAACCCCCCCCCCCCCUCCCCUGGCUUAAAAUGGCAGAAGCACUCAAUGGCGCUGCCCAUGCUAAAACGGGCUCUUGGCCAAUAGAGGCCUCUAUCAUUCUCUAUGGAUGAGACCUAGAAGGAUGAGCCCAAUGAUGUCAUAGUAGUUGGAAGCAGGAAGUAGACAUGAGAGGCUUGUGUUUAAGUGGUUUCAUUCAGUUCCGUCCAGCUCCCAGCGCAGAUCUACAUCCUGUGGAAUCUAGAGGUUUAUGACAUCACCUUCUUAUCCUUCUCCUCUCAUCCAUCAAUCCCCGCCUCUCUCUUGCCCCGAGGGCUGUAACUCCGCCCACCCUAGUGGCUUUAUUAAUACACUCCUGUCUCUGUGUCUGUCUGACCCCACACCACUUAGUCAUGUCACCAUACAAGUGUUUGCAAACUUUCCUUGAAGUGUGUGUGUGUGCAUAUGAAUAUUAGUGUCUCUCUAUAUGUUAGUGCCGAGGCCUAUACAUUGUGUACAUUCCACAUCCAGUUUCUGUCACUCCCUCUGAUGCAAGUCAAUUCCCUUCACCAAGACUCUAAUGGCUGUAGCUAUCAAUAAACGUACACGACUCAUUUAUUCACUGGAUUUAUCCAAAUACCGUUAGAAAUGUUUAACCCUUAAUGAAAACAAAACACUUGUUCUGAACCCUGCACCGGUCCGGUGGAAAUGGCCACCAGUCAGUGGUCAGUCUGCUCUCUGGUGGUGAGACCUGGUAGUGUUGAUGAGUGCUGCGCAUUCCACAACGUUGUCACCUCGGGAAUCGUCUAGACUGAUUCAUCUCAAGAAGUGAGUGUAAACCCAUCCGUUUUCUAAACAAGGAAGUGUCUCAGAAAUCAGGUUUGGCGUCUUGGUUCGAUUUUUUUUUCUUCCACGUUCUGUCUCACAGCCUUGUGGUAGCUUUUAAGUCUGGCCUUUUGAUAACAUCAUUUGUACUCAAAACACCUUAUAAUAUAAACAAAGAGCCAGAUGACAGCGACCUAAAUGUCAGCCUCUAUCCUUGUCCCUUGCUUUAGUGGUAACGUUGCACUUAACGUAGACACCGCAUCACACACGGACGUCUGUAUACAUAUCCACCCACUCCCCCAAAAGCCCUAUGCUCUCAGACCUGCAAAUGCACGCUAGUUGAGCUGUAUGCUAACAACUGACUCCAGUGAGAGAGAGCUAGCUCGUCUCCAGCCUUGGUUUUCUAGCGGGGAUAUAUACAGUACCUCAGUUACAGUUAACACUCCUUAGGAUAAUAUCAAGAUAUUCAGUGCUCUUUACGUGCAUGACCAAGCUCGCUGAUCUACAGGACACCGCUCUGGUCUAGGCCUCUCUGUAUUAUAUAAGGCUAUGGUUUGUGAGUGAACUGAUUGUCUUGUUUUGACGUUAAAAAUGCUGUGCAUUUAACUGAACCGGUCCAGUAAUCCCUGUUUCUCCAAACGCCCCAAGAACAGGCGAAAUCUCCCAGUAAUAUCAUUGGUCUAUGCUGUAUGGAUGUGUCGACGCUGAUAGCCUGAGUAUUCGUUGUAUGAUUGAGUGAAAAGCAAUUCCCCCACCCACCCACAAGUGUUUUAGGCCUUCUGAUCCCGAGAGUGGCUUGUUUAUCUUUUUGUUCUGUGUGUCGUCCUCUUAGUUGUAUUUUAUUCAUUAUCGUGUUGGCGAGAAGGUCCUGCAUAAGCUCUAACUUCCUUGUUUUGAGUGUAAACCGUGAGCCUGCCUGUGACUUUCACCCUAUUGAGUGUGACAUGAAGAGGGGUUGGGGGGUCGUUAGAGAAGGGUGGAUGCACGUGUGUUUCAAUCAAAUCAAAUGUAUUUAUAUAGCCCUUCUUACAUCAUCUGAUAUCUCAAAGUGCUGUACAGAAACCCAGCCUAAAACCCCAAACAGCAGGUAAUGCAGGUGUAGAAGCUCGUGAAGUCAAAGUGAAGUCUUAACAAGGAUAACUGGCUGUUCAUUUGAAUACUAUUGUGGGCAAGGCAGAGACAGGUGAGAUAUUCCUUUCUGUUGCUGCAGGAUACCUGUUGUUUUUCUGCAAAUUUUUUUAGGCUCCUUUUUUAAAAUAUAUACCUUCUUGUUUUCCUUUUAGACUGAUAGUCAGUCAUCUCUUUGUGGUUUGUUAGUGUCUUGAGUUUAUGCCUGUGAAAGUUUGUGUGCCUGCAUGUGAGAGAAUGUUUGUAUGCUGAGCUACUUUGUUGUUCUUCCUCUUUUGAAAAUCUAAACGAAUGGCACCUGAAUGUUCCUGUUAAUAAUUUGUUGGCUUGAAAACAAUGGAGAGCAAAAAAAUGCAUCAACUGCUAAAUGUGAGAGAGUCAGUCGGUGGAAUUAAGCGUCGUGAACUGUGCUUGUUUUGAGAUGGGCUGUGGCUUGAACUUGUACUUUUGAAUCAAUGACACAAGUAUGUAGUAGAAAACACUGAGAAUCAAUAUGAAAUUGGUCUCGCUCAUUUCUGACAAUGGUAUAAAUUGAAGUUAUUUAAAGAAAGUGAGCAGUCUUUAAGGGAUGUUUGUAUAUUUUGUAAAGUUUGACGGCUGGUGCCCUGAAUUUCAUUUUACUGUACAGAAGCUCUGUCUCUCCUUCAAGUUGCAUGUUGAGUAGUUUGUUUUGUAUAUUGUAUUAACGCUAAAUAAAAUUCUAAAGUCAA